ACCAAGCCAGAAGAGCAGGCUUUCGGGUAAUGGGUCAGUGCUUUCCUUCCCAUCCAAACGCUUGGGCUUAGACCCUGCAGGAGCCUGAACACCAUCAACAGCAUUCGGGGUAUGGAACGUCAAGACAUCAUGCAAUUGCCUCAGCUGGGAGCUGGUGAGGCUGGAGAACAAAGAAAUGGAGUAAGUUUAUGGAUAAUCUUUCAGAAUGUGAAUGGAAGUCAGGGGAAAGAGGGUGGACAGGGCAGCCCCAUAUUGGGAGCCACAGCAGCGGGAGAAGGUGCGAAAGAAGUGAGAGACGAAGCUCCUGCUGACGAUGCAGUCUUCAUGGAUGACAGGAAUCCCGGUGGCGUUACCAGCAGCAAUAGCCAAGAUGAGGGCCAACAAGAGGAGGUGAUCCCUGGGAGCACAAAAGGCGCUUGGGCUCUACCAGGACCACCAGGCAGGCAGCAGCUCCGCCAUAAGUUCACAGAGUUCCAGCUGCAGGAGCUGGAGCGCUUUUUUGAGCGCAAUCACUACCCUAGUGCUGAAACAAGAAGGGAGCUCGCAAAAUUGAUAGGUGUGACGGAAUCCAGAGUGCAGAACUGGUUUAAGAGCAGGAGAGUCAAAUACAGGAAAGGCCUGAGGAUGUAAGUGCUCCGCUGUGCUCCUAGUGGUGCUCACUGCACCAUGCCCCGAAGACUGUGGAGGAACCCUGGAGAGCCGCCCUUGCCCAGGGGACAGCUACCUAUGCAUCAUUUUGCCCUCCCACUCUUGUCUGUCUCACCCUUAUCUCCUCAGCACUUUUAUUUUCAAUAAAGGGGUGAAAUCGCAA